AUGGAAAAAUCUACACUGAAUAUUAUAUCAAAUAUUGAAAUUGAGAACAAACAAGAAGUUAUAAGUGAAAAGAAAUCUAUAGACUCGACAGAAAAAUGGAGAAUAUUGAAAAAUGUUUGUAUAGUGAGCAUCGCAUUUAUGAUCCACUUUACGGCAUUUAUGGGCGCAGCAAAUCUUCAAAGUUCCAUAAACGCAAGUGCAGGUUUGGGUACAGCUUCUUUGGCAACAAUUUAUGGUUCCUUAGUAUUGUCUAAUUUAUUUUUGCCAGUUCUUAUGAUCGGAUGGCUCGGUUGCAAAUGGACGAUGGCAGUAUCAUUCAUCACCUACAUGCCCUACAUAGCUGCCCAAUUUGGCCCCAGUUUUGGAACGAUGAUACCGGCUGCCCUUUGUGUGGGUUUUGGAGGUGGCCCAUUAUGGUGUGCAAAAUGCACUUACCUGACUGUUUUAGCAGCUGCUUAUGCAAAAAUCACCGACGGGAAAAAUUCAGAAGCACUGGUGGUCAGGUUCUUUGGCCUAUUUUUCAUGAUUUUUCAAUUCUCGCAGAUCUGGGGAAACUUGAUUUCAUCUAUCGUUUUAUCUUCCGGAACGGAUUCCCACAACAUAACUAUAGAUCCUGAUGCAUUAGAAUUGUGUGGAGCAAAUUUUUUACCAGGACAAGCAAUUUCUACGGGAAAUACAAACUUGGAACCACCAUCACCAGAAAAAAUUUAUACAAUAGCAGGAAUUUAUCUUGCCUGCAUGGUUACAGCUUGCCUGAUCGUCGCACUUUUUGUGGAUUCAUCAGAUCGAUAUGAAUCAAAUCGCAAAGGAAGUGGAACAGGAUUACAAGGAUUUCAAUUAUUAGCGAUCACAAUAAAACUCCUAAAAGUACGAUGGCAAAUUUUGAUGGUUCCUAUCACCAUGCUUUUGGGAAUGUCGCAAACGUUUAUCGGGGCCGAUUUUACAGCCGCGUAUGUGUCUUGCGCAUGGGGCAUCAGCAAUAUAGGCUACGUUAUGAUUUGCUAUGGUGCAUGCAAUGCAAUUUCUGCUAUUGUCUUAGGAUGGUUAGUUAAGAUAACCGGACGAAUGCCAAUAAUAUGCUCAGCAGCAAUUCUGCAUACAAUGAUAGCAAUUUGCUUAUUGACUUGGAAACCAAAUGCUGAAUAUAAAAUCAUCUAUUUUAUUAUUUCUGGCGCCUGGGGCCUUGUUGAUGGUGUUUGGCUCGUCCAGAUCAAUGCAUUUUGCGGGAUACUUUUCCCAGGAAGGGAAGAAGCAGCUUAUAGCAAUUUUCGACUAUGGGAAGCUGUGGGGUCUAUUGUCACAUAUGGUUAUAGCACGUUUUUAAGAACUGAUAUUAAAUUAUAUAUUUUACUUUUGGUUAUUUGGAUAGGAAUAGUAGGAUAUGUAACGACAGAAUUAUCCAUUAAAAAAACUCAAACAAAAAAUACUAAAUUGUGA